AACGGGAAGCCAUAUCAUACUAAAGUUUGCAAGUUGAAGAAAGGCAUUUUUGUUGCAAAAUGAAACGAAGUCGAGCAGCCAAGAUUCGACCAGCGCCGUCAUCAACCAACACACUUGUCUCCGAUCAAAACAUCAGCAAUGAGGAUGCGACUGCUUCAGCACGACCAGGGUCAGGUAGUGGUAGAGUACUUGAUCAAACACCUGAGUCUGCCAAGCCAGAGGACAGUCAGCAAACCAAGUCUCCGGCUGGUGUAUCCUUUGACGUGGAUGUCCGCAAGUUUACGGAAAAGAGUGCCGUGUGCGAGACAAGUGACAAUGAUGGAUGUGAGGAUAGUUCUGUGACCGCAAAGCCUGGAGUCGUCGACGAUUACGAAGCACUAUUCAGGAACGACGAUGAUGAUGGCAUUGCUGGUGGUGAAGAUGAUGUUGAUUUUGGUAAAAAUGUGGAUUUUCACGUUGUGACAAAAUAUAUGAAUAUACCCGAUAUGAAGCAAGACGAAGAGGAAUACCAGAGGCAGAUGAUGGAGAAAGUUCGAGUGGAAUACCUCCCGUACUUCGUAGGGAAAUUCGCUAACUUGAAGCCAGGCGAAGUGGAAGAGUUCUCGUUCGUGAAAACGGAUACCAAGUUUGAGAACAUAGUCACAGAACUUCACAACCUUUUCAACACGCAAGUUCGCACACAAGAUAAUUACAAGUUUACAACAGAACUUUACAAAAUUCUCGCAAGCUUUGAUAGUUUAUUCUACGCGUUUAGAAAACUCCUUGAAAUUCUUUUCCAAAACAAUCUCUCCGAUGACGGUUUCAAUGAACCCCAUUACAUAUUUAAGCCCUCCAUUACUUUCAUGACUAUGUGUCUGAUGCUGAACGCUGCUGAUGCAAACCGUGAUUUCGCUCGAAAGCUUUGCCAGGAGCCCGGCCUCCUCGAGCUCUUUGUCUGGUUGCUGAGACAAGUCAAGGACAAACAUUUGACCAAGACAAACAUGAAUAAGUCCGGUGAAACAGUUCUUGAGAAUUCCUUGAACAUCCUCUACAACUGUUCAAUGCAUGACGAGAACAGACAACGCUUAUUAGAAGUGGGCGGCCUGGAAGCUUGCCUCCCAUACCUUGACUCACAUGUCGACGACAACCAGGGGUUUGCGUUUCUUUGCGUGGCUUACUUAGCGAACGAGGAGCAGUCCGAGAUUUUUAAAGCCAAGAGGGACCUGAUCUAUCGUCUGGUGGAGUUUCUGAAGUGCGCCAUCCCUGAGCCAACCCGUCGCUACAUCGGAUGGGCGGCAGUGGAGCUGGCGAAAGGUCUGGAUACCCUUUCCCGUAACGAUACCAACAAGAAGCUGAUUAUAGACUGCGGGGCCAUCGAUGUCCUUUUGUUGGGGGCGUUCCUACAGGAUGCACCAGACGUGCAAGAAGAGUCGAUGCUGGUACUGUGGACGUUAAGUUUCGACAUCGCUGCCAAGACUUUGCUGAAGCAGAACCAAGAGGCAAUGGAACUGUUUGACAAGAUCGUGUCCACCGUGCCCAAGCAUAGAUGUAGGAAGGCUGCCAAGGGGAUACUCUGGAAUCUUAGAGAUGCAGAGAUGCACAACCCAACCGAAGAGCCUAGCCAACGGCCCCACAUCAUGGUCAGUUACCAAUGGGACGCCAAGCCAUUGGUGCUGAAGGUGAGAGACGCUUUGAGGGCUGCUGGGUAUAAGGUCUGGGUGGAUGUAGACAACAUGGAGGGGUCAACUAUCAACGCGAUGGCAGAGGCAGUGGAGAAUUCGACGGUCGUCUUGAUGUGUAUGUCUCACAGGUACAAAGAAAGCCAGAACUGCAGAUCAGAGGCAGAAUACGCAUAUACGCGCCGGAAGGAAAUCAUCCCAUUAGUGGUGGAGACUCAGUAUAAACCUGAUGGGUGGCUGGGCUUCAUCAAAGGGGCAAAGAUGUACUAUGACAUCACUAACAAAGCCACUUUUGAAGAGAAAAUGAAACAGCUUAUGAAAGCUCUCGGAUUGAAAGGGAUGUCGUCGGAUCCAGCGGCUCGACAGGUCCCGGUGCCAUUGAAAGUCACAGAGACGAGAGCGCCUGGGUCAUCGCCCGCACCUGGUGGACGGGCGCUGAGAAACUGGGACCAAAAUCAGGUGGCGGAAUGGAUGAAACAAUGCUGUAUUAGUGGAGAGAGAGUCAGCGACCUGAAUGGGAGACAGCUUCAUUUCUUACAAAGGAUGUUACAGCGAGCGCCCGAAUACUACUACAGCUUUGUGGAGAGAAAUCUCCAUCGGCUGAACGAAUUCGCUGAUUUCACGGCACUGACGAAUGCACUGGAAGACAUGCUUGAUAACGAGCCAACACAUUCGUCACAUUUCUAACUAUCUAGAGGCCUAAGUGGUGAUGUGCAUGGUUGUGGCAAUCAACACACCCAAACCAGGAAGCGCCUGCCACUUUAAAAACGCAUUUUAGCACCGACUGCCCUCGAGAGCGUGGUGCUUUCACCAGUAAAAGAGCAAAACCGACAAACCGCCACUUUCAUCGAGUUUUCAGUGGCCACGUGGUAAUAUCUGACUUUUUCACCCAAUACAAGUCAGAAAGCCAUUUGGAGCUGAGGUCAACAUUAAAGGAAAAACUCAGUAAACGGAAUCAAAUAUUAUUAGAUUUUGUUUUGCCUAAAUCAUUUACUCUGAAAUAUUCACCAGACAUCCGCAUAUUUUCAUUUUCUCUGAGAUGAAAUUUGCUUCAGCCAUGUAAUUUACUCAGAAAAGAAAGCUCCGUGCACAAGCUUGAUACAUUAUUCAUUACUGCGGGGAUAUCACAUCCAAAUACUCCAUCAUGUAAAACAUGUAAUGUACAUGUUAUUCUUAGCCAUCGUAUUUUGUGUUCAUCAUUUCUAGUACAUGCGAAUUGGAUUUUAUGGAAGAACAAUUCGUGGCUCUGGAACUAUUUGAACCAAAACACGAACUUCGUUAAUGAUGCGUACGUUGUGUAAGAUUGACUUAAUUUACCAAAUGAACCGGAUGCCGAUACUACAUUUACCUGUAAGUGGUUGUAAUUGAAAUCAAUGAAAUUGAAAUGGUGACGGGAGAGGAUUCCCAGAUCCAACAAGCUUACAUGUACACACGCUAAUACAGGUUGCAAUCCAGAAGUACAUGUAUUAAGGUAGCGGGAAGCGAUGGGCGUUCCUAUGCUCUGUUAGUAGCUCGGUUGUUGCAUUGUUCUUCGGUAGUUUGGUUGUCCCGAUGUUCCGUGGGUAGCUCCUUUGUUGCGAGGUUCCGUUGGUAUACCUCGUUCCGCAUGCGGCCGGUGUGUUAGCCUUCAGCUGCCCAAUGGUAGGCCUACUGACCUGCCUGUCUUCUUGUCUCGUGCGUCGCAAUAGAAACAGGAUUUUUGGCAGUGAAAACUGUGGCUGGGGUUUGACACUAUCAACAAAUCUUACUUUUGGAGAAAACGUGGCUGAAACAUUUGGAUUCAAAAUUGGAUUUAUUAUUAAUCGCACUUACAUGCAAAUUCAUGUACAUGUAAUAUAUACUUAAGGCAAAUCACCAAUUCAUGUAUUUAACAAACGUUGUAUCCAGAUGUAGCUUUGAUGUACAUGUACAUGUAUGUAUUCCUGAAUUGAUAUCAAUAAACUGCUCCAGCCUCAUGCUUUAAUCGCAGCGACUGGGAAAUGACCAGUGGGAAAAUUUUAUAAAGUCGUUUUCGACAGAAGGAAGAUAUGGUGCAAAAGAAGUAAAAUGUGGCUUCUUUACUGCUUAGUAAGACAUGCAACAAAAGCAACCGACCCCAAGAUACAAAAGAACAUACUACUCGAGUGCUGAUUGGCAUACUCAAGUGUAAAAACAACGCCGAACUCCCUCAAAACAACGCCGACUUAUACUAUAAAACGAGUCUCCAUCUAUACAGUGAUUCUGUUCCUUUUUUUCUCGCAUGCCGUCUCAAGGCGGUUUAUUUUUCACACUUCUCAAGAGAGAUCUAAUUUCGAUGUGCUGCUGAUCUUACUGGCUUUUUUCAGUGCCACGUGAGCAACACUAUCGAUAUUGUCUUGAGUCGGUGACAUCAGGAAUAAUGACGAGAUAGAAUAUGACAGGGAGCCGGCCGAGAAGGAGCCAUUUCUAUACUGGAGGAAAAAGUCUAAUACAUGUGACUCCGACUGGAAGCAUGAGAUAAUAAUUGAAUGCUACAUUUAUGCUGAGAAGAGCCAUUUUUGUGUCAUUUUGCUUGUGACAUUUUUGUAAAAAUUGAUUUAUCAAGAUACUACGUAGCGUUCUCUACCUUCCGUGUGAAUAAAAUAAGGGGCCGUUCAUUUAGUAUGCACACAAAUAGGCGAGUGGAUUUCAGAAUUUUAGGUUCAUUGGUCACGAAAAAUUGGAAACUCGUGU